AUGGCAGCUGAGCACAGAACACCGUCUGGUUUGGAGGCUGAGUUCAAGGACCCACUAGAGCAAGAGGGGCUGUUGGAGGGGGAAAUGGGGGAGCCAGAAGGUACAGGCCCUGUUUCAGAGCAGGCGCUGGAGGUGACAGGCCCUGCUUUGGGGGAGGAAAUGGAGAAACUGGGGUCAGCAGGCCCCAGAACAGAAGAGAUAAUGGAGGGGUUGGAGAGCUUACGCCCAAAGCCGGAGGAAGAAAUGGAGGAGCGGGAGCCUGAAGAGCCAGCGUUAGGGGUGGAGUGGGAGAAAGCUGCUGGCAUCCCUCAGGUAGGGUGUACUGGAUAUUCCCUUCCAAGAUGGCAAGACCAAAUUGAACAGAGCCCCAGCGUGGGGUUUCCUCCACAGAGGGAUGCUAAAGAGUGGCAGGUGGUCCCCCACAGAGUAACGUCUCCUGGCUCCGACAGCAGAAACUCCCAGUUGCUGAAAUCCUCAUACCCAGAAGGUUCUCUGAUUCCUCCGGCCUUCUUCAAAAGAGAGACAGAUGGCCGCCAGUGCCCCUCAGAAGAGCAGGAGGCCCCAACCCAGCCAGGCCUUAGCGAGGAGGCCCCUAGGAUGGCAGAUUCCUCUGAGAAAACGAAGGAAGAGGUCCUGGACGAGGACACGGUUGUCUCGGAGAUUCAGCGCCAGCACUUCCGGCAGUUCCGUUACCGCGAGGCUGAGGGGCCCCGCGAGGCCUGCAGCCGCCUCUGGUUCCUUUGCUUCCGGUGGCUGAAGCCGGAGAGGCACACCAAGGAGCAGAUCCUAGAGCUGCUGGUCCUGGAGCAAUUCCUGGACAUCCUGCCCCCUGAGAUCCAGAGCUGGGUGAUGGACGGCUGCCCAAAGACCUGUGCCCAGGCGGUGAUCUUGGCAGAAGGGUUCCAGCCGAGGAAGCGGGCGUCCGAGAGCCAGGAUGAGCAGGUCAAGGUGCCGAUCAAAGAAGGAAUCCCGAAUUUAUCCGAGGCAGAGCGUGCUCCGUUGCAUUGUGAGGAAAAGCGGAUCUGCAGAGAAGUCAAGCUGGAGGGUGGCUCCGGGGAUGCAAACUUGAUAGAUGAACCGCUGUUGGCUGCGAUUGAGGCCAAGGGAAGUGAUCGUCAUGGAGAUUCUGAUGAGAAGGAAGCCAAUGGGGUUCCGAUGGGCAGUGCAGAAGAGGAAGGUUCCCCAUGCAAGGAGCAGACGGAAGCUUCUGGAAGUUGGCAAGGGCUAGAGGAUCCUCUGGGGAGUUCCCCAGGUGGAAAAACAGAGAAACUUCACAAAAGUGAGGAGUCUCUUGGGGAAAGUGGGGGCCAACAGAAAAUCCUUACGGUAAAGAGUGAGCAUGUGGAGGAGGAGAGCAACUUGGUGGAGAAUUCGGACAUAAUUGAAUUUAAGGUAACGCACACAGGCAAUAUGCCCUAUAAAUGCCUGGACUGCGGGAAGAGCUUCAAUUACAGCACGAGCCUUGUGAGACACCAGAGAAUCCACACAGGGGAAAAACCAUACAAAUGCUUAGACUGCGGGAAAUGCUUCUGCCAGAGUUCAGGCCUCACCAUCCACCAGAGAAUCCACGCUGGAGAGAAAGCAUAUCAGUGUCUGGACUGCGGGAAAAGCUUCCGUGUGAAGUCGCACCUGAUCCGCCACUCCAUCAUCCACAAGGGAGAAAAACCAUAUAAAUGUCCCGAAUGUGGGGUUAGCUUCUGCGAAAGAUCGGAGCUGAGAAUCCAUCAGAGGAUCCACACGGGUGAGAAACCAUACAACUGCGCCGACUGUGGGAAAAACUUCUGCCGGAAGGCGGAUCUCACUCUCCAUCAGAGAAUCCACACGGGAGAGAUGCCGUAUACAUGUCUAGAGUGUGGCAAAGGUUUCCGCUGGAGCUCGAACCUCAUUACCCAUCAGAAAACCCACACUGGGGUGAAACCGUUCGAGUGUGCCGAGUGCGGGAAAAGCUACUAUUCAAACAUGAGCCUGGUUAGGCACCAGAGAGUCCACACAGGGGGCACCCCAUAUAUCUGCUCUGACUGUGGGAAGAGCUUCUGCGAUAGCACCAGCCUGACCAGGCAUCAGAAGAUCCACACGGGGGAGAAGCCGUACACCUGCGUGGACUGCGGGAAAAGCUUCAACCGCAACUCCAACCUCAUUUCCCAUCAGAGGACCCACACGGGAGCCAAGCCGUUCCUGUGUGUUGACUGUGGGAAAAACUUCCGCUCCAAAUCGGAACUUCACAGGCAUUACACGGUCCACGCGGGAGAGAAAAGUCUGGGUGGUGGGGCAGAGGUUCCCGCACCCGAGAGAACUAACAGGGAUGAGAAAAACAACAGUGAACUGGAAGUUAUGAAUGAAUGA